AUGGCUACCCUCGGGCAGAUCAUCUUCUACAGCAUGAUCGCCCUCAUCGUCUUAUUUGCAGCUGCCAUCAUCCUCAUCUUAUCCUUGUCCCUCUCAGGCUCCAAGUCGGAGGUGACGAGCAGCAACGCUUUCCCCAUCGCCAACCUUGGCGAGGAUAAACUUCUCAGCUGCCUCCUGAACACAGCAACUCUAUCAACACGGCUCCAAGACGUGUCCGUCACCUGGUGGAAGGAGGACCUGUCGGGACUCGUCUACAAGUACCAGAAUGGAGUUCCAGAUCUUGCAGACCAGAACUCACAGUUCAAAGGGAGAACUCAGCUGUUUCCUGACUCUUUGGGAGCUGGGAACGCCUCCCUGAUGCUGAGGAGUGUGAGGAGCAGUGACGAGGGGCAGUACACCUGCAGCAUCAGCUCCUCCGACGGAGGAGGGACGGUCAACAUUCACCUCAGAACAGCAGCCUUUACAGCCCCCGCAUUUAAAUUCUCCAAUGGCGUCCUGGCUGCUGAGGCCAGCAGGUGGUUCCCCAAACCAAGCGUGACGUGGUCAAACUUUUACGGAGAAGUCCUGACAGGAAACACGAGCUUCACAGCGAUCUCUGGGGGGAUAUACAGCGUCGUCAGCACACUGCUGUCGGUCAACGUCAGCGACACCUACAACUGCAGGAUAGAGAACGACUUUGUGAGCGCUGUCUCUCGGGCGAUCCCAACAGGCUCUGGAGUUUCAGGGAGUACGUACUUCAUGUUCAGUGCUGCAUCAUCUCUGCUGGCAUCAUCGUACCUGAGCAUCGUGACCGCUGUGCUCUGCAGCUUUUAUCUCACAUAAUUACUAAGAAUCUUUUGUGUGUGUCCAUAGUUCAUAAAAGCAGUGAUAUCAGAAGAUUUAGGUUAUUUGAUUUUUAAUUUAUUACAGUGGGUGUUGUUACUAUGUAACAGCAAUUAACCUCUGUGGUGCAGUCAAUGUUUUUAUUUUCGCUUUCUCAGAUGUUUUAAGUAAAGGCUCCAUCUCGAUUAUUUGUCAGUAAUGCUCUGAUAUGGUUGGAUGUCUUUCAGAGUUUGGUAUAUUUGGAGAAAAAAAGGUAAUUUAAUAUAGGAUGAAUUGCAAAGGAAUAAAACAUAAAACAGUAGAUUACAGGGAUUUUUAGCAUAUAUAUAAUGAAUGAAACCCCUAGAAAGGAUGUAUUUUAUCAAAUUAGUACCCUAUUGUUUGUAUUACUGAGUUAAUUAAUAAAAGCAUUGAUUUUUACUGCUCUGAAAUUGGUGGAUUUCUUUUAAAGUUUGUAAAAAACAUUUUUUGAAAUCCUAAAUUCUUUGAGUAAAUUCAUUUUUAUUUGUCUGUCUGUAAAACACAAUAUAGGAAAAAAAUACAAUAGUUGUCAAGGAUUUUCAACAUUUAUAAUGACCAGGACUAUUAGAAAGAUGUUUCUUAUCAAAUUAAUACCCUUUUGA